CGCCUUUUACAUCGAAAAUGUCGUUUUACAUUCAUAACUAAAACCUUUGGUGAAUUUUCCUAGCUUGGACGAACAUAUUUAGACGUCGUUGAGUAAACUACGUUUUUUUUUUUUUUUUUAUAAACGCCAUGCCUUGUUCCUGCUGCGCGCCGUAGAUAAAAAUGACCGUUGUUUUAUUAGGAAAAGAGUUAAUAUCUGUUUAGCUUAGCUUUAACGCUAACGCAUACCCGUCUCCAACAUAUGCUCUUGUUGUGUUUUUUCCGCACUUUAUUCUCGACUAACGGAGACUAGCCGUCCGUUAAAUCGAAACGCACAUUGUUUUAGGCCGGAGUUAUUUUCUGAUACGUCACACAGAUCCAAAAUGGCAUCUCGGAGAAGCUUUUUUGAAGGAAAAAAAAAAAAGCACGCGCGCGUGUCACAUCUGUAAAACGUGUCCCGUUACAACACAGCGCCGCGUAGGAGUUCCGCCUUCUUCAUUCAAAAUGCACCUAUUAUGGGUUUAAAACGUGCCUAAAUUUUAUUUAAGGUCUCAUACAAUAGAUUUGCAUGCUUCCAAGGUCAAAAAAAAACAAAACACAUUUUUAACGUGCUCAUAAUUUAAAUUGCAGCAUUAACAACAAAAAUCAUUUUUUCCCCGGUAUCACAAACGACUCGUUAAAUGAUUCGUUCUAAAUGAUUCAUUCUAAUCUCCUCCUUUCAGAGAGCAUACUCUGCUCUAAUUGGUCAGAUGUCGGUCUGUUGGCGUGUUUGAAAAAGGAAACGCCCUCGAGCAUAACCCGUUUCAUCUCCGGGGCUUUUUGUUCUAAACCUACGUAGGUGUAGUACCGGAAGUAACGGCUGGAAUUACUAACGACUCGUUUCAGGUGUUCAGAAUCAGUUCCUUCUUUUGGGAGUCAAUUACUUCCGUUUUGUCGUGCGCUUUAAUUUUGGAAACUUUGCAGACUUUUUACAUUCGCAAAAAGCGAUAUAACAUGUUGUAUGAGGUAAUUUUGAAGAAAAAAAACAUAAUAGGUGCACUUGAGAUGAAUCGUUUCUACAGUCACAGUCUCGAAAUAACGCAAUUUAAAAGGCGUGGCAUCAUCGAAACGGUGACAUUUUUCCAGGAGUCUCCAGUGUUAGGGGUCAAGCAGGACAGAUGAGCGAGGUGGAAGAUGGUUGACCAGCGAGCUCUGAAGAACCCCUAUCUGGACUAUAAUGGGCCCGAGAGCACACAGGACCUGUUCGACUCUCAAGGCAAACUCACACCUGCUUUCGCAGGUCGUAUCAGCGGUAAGAUUAAAGAGCUGCUGGCCGUGAUGGAGAACGGUCUGAAGACUGCCGACCCGAGCGAUGGAACCGGAUACACAGGCUGGGCAGGCAUCGCCAUGCUUUACCUGCACCUUCACUCGGUCUAUGGCGACCCUGCGUUCCUGCAGAGGGCGCUGGAGCACGUGGACCGCAGUCUGAGGAGUUUAACCCAGCGAUGGGUGACGUUCCUAUGUGGAGACGCGGGGCCGCUUGCCGUGGCCGCUGUAAUUUAUCACCGCUUACAGAGAACCCAGGAGUCAGAAGAGUGCAUCAACAGGUUGAUGCAGUAUUACAAAUCAGUAGUAAAAGGUUCAGGCAGCCUCCCAAACGAGCUGCUGUAUGGCCGUGUGGGCUACCUCUUCUCCCUCAUCUUCAUCAACCAGCAGUUCCAGCAGGAAAAGAUCCCAGCACCGUACAUUCAGCAGAUCUGUGAUGCCGUGUUGAUAUCGGGUCAGAACCUGGCUCAGAGGAUGAGGGUGGAGCAACAGUCUCCACUUCUGUACGAGUGGUACCAGGAGCAUUAUGUAGGCGCCGCUCAUGGCCUUUCAGGCAUCUACUACUAUCUCAUGCAGCCCGGUUUCAUCUCUAACCACAGCAUCCUGCCAGCCCUCGUGAAGCCCAGCGUGGAUUACGUGUGCCAGCUGAAGUUACCGUCAGGUAAUUUCCCCCCAUGUAUUGGCGACAAUCGUGAUCUCCUGGUGCACUGGUGCCACGGCUCUCCCGGAAUCAUCUACAUGCUUCUGCAGGCCUACAAGGUGUUUGGUGAGCAGCAGUACCUGCAUGACGCCAUGCAGUGCGGCGAGGUGAUCUGGCACAGAGGUCUUUUAAAGAAAGGUUACGGAUUGUGUCACGGCGCAGCAGGAAACGCCUACGCCUUUCUGGCUCUCUACAAACUCACCCAGGAGCCCAGACACCUCUACAGGGCCUGCGUGUUUGCAGAUUGGUGCAUGAACUAUGGGAAACAUGGCUGCCGCACUCCAGACACACCUUUCUCUCUCUUUGAAGGAAUGGCCGGAACUAUUUACUUCCUCGCCGAUCUCCUGCAGCCGUCAAGAGCCAAGUUCCCAGCGUUCGAGGUGUAAAGGUUCACUGCUACACAACGUCGCACGCUAAUCAGCGCUUGAAGUGCAAAACCUCAGCCUGGAGCUUUAGUGUCCUCCAGGACAGGAGACAACACACACACACACACACACACACACACACACACACAGCCGUGUUCUUGUUGCUCCCCAUUCUGUAGGGAAAUUGUGCAUGCCUUUGCCGUGUCCUAUUCACUCUUCAUGUCCAUGCUUCCAGUUUGUCUCCAAUUGAAAAAUUACCAUCGAAAAACUAAAAACAGGAAGUGGCGAACGGAAUCUGUGCACUGUAUUUAGAAAUCUUUGUAUUAGAGAGUUGCCUUGGUGAAUUGUUCUCAAUAAUUAGACAAGAAAUGGGAAUGUGAAAAUUUUUGUAUUUGUAUCUCGUCUCGGCAUUUGCUUUUCAGAUAACAGUGAGCUGUUCAACAAUUAUAGUGUAAGUCACUUGAAGAUACUUGCUUAAUUAGUGCUUUAAACUAAAUUCGCCAUUAUUUCUGGUAUUUCUGCAGGCGUACUCUGCGAGUCUUAAUAGUAAUUGAUCAUUUUAGAGAUUCCGUUGUUUUUUUUGUUUUGUUUUUUUUAGGAAACAGCACUACUACUGUUGUUUUUUUUUGUGUUCAUUUGCAUUUGCUCAUUAUAUUAAUAAAGGCUAAAGGAAGAUGA